AUGCCUCUUUGGAAAGAGAAAGUCUUGAAACCGUUUCGUAGACUCAGUCAGAGAAGCAAUAAGAAAGAUAAAUCAAAGCCAACUACUUCACAUGCUAGUGUCGAGGCGGAUGGAAAGGCAGAAGAGACUAAAAUCUCUCACUCUCAUGCCCGUUCUCGCUCUAACAGCUCAGCAAGUUCAAGUAAAGCUGAGGCAAGCCAGAAUGCCGACCAACAUGUCAUCUCUAGACCAAGAAAGCCUGGUCAAUGGACAACAGUUGCUGGUGGAGAGAAAGAUCCUGUUGCCCAAUGCGGCGUCGUUGUUCAAAAAGAUGUCUUUAAAACCUGCCUUGAUUUGACAGAAUAUGAUUUCUCUCAAGUCGAUAAACAUGCACGUGGUACAAGCAAGGCAAAUACAGUGCGGGAACUAUCGAAACGUCUCACAUCUCGCUGGAAAGGCAAGGAAAUAUAUCAAUUGCGAGCCAUAUAUACCUGGAUUGCCGAAAAUAUUUCAUAUGACGCUAACGCUUUCUUCUCUGGAAAACCUGGUAGUCAGAAUGCCGACGAUGUAAUGAAAAAAGGCACUGCUGUUUGUGAUGGGUAUGCCGAGCUUUUUAAAGCGCUCGCUGAGGAGGCAGGAUUGAAUGUACGGAAGAUUACUGGGAAGGCAAAGGGUGCUGGCUAUAAGCCGGGCGACGAUUUAGAAACUUCCCAAUUAGAACAUGCCUGGAUUGGUGUAUGUCUUGACGGCGAAUAUCUGCUCAUUGAUCCAACGUGGGGUGCUGGUACACUGAACGGCCGAACGUUCAAUCGCCACUUCGAUCCGUUCUACUUCCUGGCUAGUCCCCAACAGUUUAUAUAUUCUCACCUCCCUGACGAUGAGAAUGAACAAUACCUCAGCCCUCCAGUUACGCAGGAACUAUUCAUUAAACUGCCAUUUGUUAAGCCGCCAUUCUUUAGAAGCGGCCUCAUGCUAGUCGAGUACGUUGGAUCGGAAAUAAAGGUUAAACACGACAAGUUUGAAAUGGAAGUGGUAAGGUGUAUUCCAGAUGAGAGCAAACCAUUGCAUGCGGUGUUGGAAUGGGAAGGAAAGAAAGUAAACUGUCUGGUUCAGAGGGUCGGUGCGAAAAUUGGAUCAGAAGGAGAGAGGUUUUAUACCAUUCGUUGCGAGAUACCCAGCUCGGGAGAGGGAAAGUUAAACUUAUUCGUACUGCUCGAAGGGAACAAGGGCCCCAUUGCAGCUAGCUUUAAAGUUGUUAACCAUGGCAAUGGUUCGAGAUCUCCGCCAUAUGUCCAAACUUUCUCUGUCCCAUUCACCUUUACCAUCUCCGAACCUAUCUACUCUAAGCUUGCAUACAAUCGUAGAACCAAAUUCGAACUUACAAUAUUUGACAAGGAUGAAAAUGAGUUACCCGAAUUCGACUUGUUUACUCCUGAUAAGGAAACAAGGAAAUUACAGAAGAUUUCCUGGUGUCCCGGAGACAAGAGUACGACAUAUGCAAUAGACACUAUACUGAAUAUUAAGGGUGAAUGGGUUUUAGUGUAUACCGAAGGUGGUAAUUCUGUUAACUUUAUUGCUCAAUACGAAGUUGAGUAG